AUGAAUGAUGGUAUUGAUCCAUCCAAUACAAGCGAAACAUUAACAUUUGUGGCAAAAGCUGAAAAUGCAUAUGAUAUAUCACAAGUUUUAAAUACAAUUUAUAAACCAGAGACAGAUAAAAAUAAAAAAAAAGAUAUUCAGCAAUAUGUAACAGUUAAAAUUGGACCAGCAGGUAUACAUUUCAUAGUAGAGGAGGGUAAACACUAUCAAGGCCGUGUUUCAUUUAAAAGCACUUUCUUUCAAGAGUAUCAUUUCACACCAAAUCUUACAGGAGUAGUUGCAGAUCAAAACCAGCAAGAAGUAAUGUUUAGGAUUAGUUUAUCAAUGAUUUUAGAUUCUUUAACAAUUUUUGGUAACUCGGGAUAUACACAGGUUCAGUUUCUUUAUAAAGGUUAUGGUUCACCAUUAGUACUUUUAUUAGAGGAGGGUAAUGGUGGCGUAGAAACACAUUGCUCAAUCAAAACAUUAGAAGCAGAUGAUACAUUAGAAUUUGAUUUAAUAACACCAGUUUCAAAUAAAAUCCUUAUCGAAUCGGAAAAUCUAUUGGAAGCAUUUGGAGAAUUGGACUUUACUUCAACCAUUUUAAAUAUAGCCUUAACACCAGAAUCACCAUUCUUUGUAUUAUCAACAUCUGGUCAAAUGGGAUCAUUUAAAAUGGAAUAUUGCAAAAAAGAUACCCCAGAUGAAAUUUUCGAAUUCUUUGAUCUUUCAAACAACAUAAAUUUCAACUAUCAAUUGGCUCUCAUUAAACCAUGCAUAAAAGCUUUAACAUUAGCAAAAAAAACCCGUCUUACCCUAACUCAAGAAGGUCUGUUAUCAUUCACCCAUAUUAUUCCAAUUGGUUCACAACAACACUUGGUAGAAUUUUUCAUUUUAGCCACAACAAAUCAAUUUGACGAAGAUAUAAACAUUGCCUUUUAA